CAGCGCCCUGAAUCUGUUUUCCUUCCCACAGACCUGCAGAAGAACAUGGGGAAGAAUGCCGAAGGAUCUGUGGGCGCCUGUGUGGAUGGCAGCCAGUGUUCAAGCGCUACUGCCUCCCACGGCGAGGAUGGUCUUCACGAAACAGAAGAUGCUGCCAGGGCUGAGGUUCCCAAAGGCCACCUGAGGAGCGAACCUUCAAGCACCUGUGUCGACAAAGAGCCUUCGCUCCCUCUUGGUGAACCCCCUUACGGGGUAGGCAUGCUGUACAAAUUCCUUGGCCAAGCCAAUUCCCAAAUCAGCCAUCCCUUACCUGCUUGCUUUACCCAGAAAGGCGAAGGCUCUGCGCAGUCUCACAGUGAGGAGGAGGAGGAAGAGUACGAGGAGGACGUCAUAGAACCGAGAACGCUGAACGAAAUCACCACCAUGACAGACAGAACCAGCCCUUGGUCCAGCCUUGUCUCUGAACCAGAGCAUGAUCCUGCGAUCCUUAGGAGCGCUGGCCAGCUUGCAGGGACUGCUGAACAUGCGCUGAAAGAAGGCAGCGUCAGAAGCAGCCCCGUGUCCAGCGUCACCCAAGACGACCCUCUGAGCGUGCCCAGCAGCGCCAGAUCCAGUAACAGCCCCUUGAGAGAAGACGGGGAUGACGGACAUGUGAGGAGGCGGGACCUCGAGGGUAGUUUGGAAGAGCUCUUGCCACCUGCUCCCAUCCAAACAAAGGAUGGGGUUGCAGAAGAGCGAAGGGAAGAUGAUGGAAGAGUGCAGGAAAUCGGGGGCAAGAUAGUGGAAGAGGAACCAUUUAUUCCAUGUGGCGGUGGUGGCGAUGGAGACUUUGCAGCAGCUAAGCCCCGUGCUCCAGAGACGGGAGAGGGCAAGUUGGGCUUAGAGAGUGGCCCCCGAGGUGAGGAAAGAAGGCGUUUGAGCGAAGACGCUUGCCUUAGAACAGUGGGAGCUGAACAGCAUUCUGGAAGCUGCUCUGACGAGAGCCAUGAAGACUUACCCGAGGAGUCAGAGAAGCCUCUGGAGCCCAGUGUAGUCCUGUAUCCUUUUUCACCCGGCUAACUGAGCAAGCCCCCUGGGCUUCAAAUACAGUGGUGCCCCGCAAGACGAAUGCCUCGCAAGACGGAAAACCCGCUAGACGAAAGGGUUUUCCGUUUUCAAUGCGCUUCGCAGGACAAAUUUCCCUAUGGGCUUGCUUCGCAAGACGAAAAUGUCUUAGCCUUUUUCUAAGCCGCUAAGCCUUUAAUAGCCUUUUAGCAGCUAAUCCGCUAAACCGCUAAGCCUUUAAUAGCCACUAAACCGCUAAUAGCGCUAAUCCGCUAAGCCGCUAAUAGGGUUGCUUCACAAGAUGAAAAAACCGCUAGACGAAGAUACUCGCGGAACGGAUUAAUUUCGUCUUGCGAGGCACCACUGUAAACAGUGAAAUUCUCCUAGGAUGACUGUUCCUUUCUCUUGGUCCAGCUUUGCUGUGGCUAGCGUGAACAGGCAGAUCACGUCCAAGGCCCUCAGUGCCAUGCAGCCUGACGGGGUUAUCUAAGAGCAGAAGUGGCUUUUCAAAAGGGCUGCUAGCCAUGUUGCCCAGAAGUGCUGCCUCCAUUCAGAAACAGCAUCUCAGUGACCACGUUCCUUCUUUGCUGCCUAACAUGCAGCCUUCCCCCCCCCACACACACACACCAAAAAAAAAAACACUUUGUGCCCUCCAGGUGUCUUGGACUCCACUUCCCAUCAGCCCCAGCCACUUGAAGACAUCUGGUUGGCAACAGGUUGGGGAAGGUAAAAAACAGGACAGGCUGUGGCAGACACAGCUUCCAUACAGGAAAGGUUUCAUGGAGCAGAAUUGGGUGGUAGGGCUGGCCGCAACCUCUGCCCCACAUUAGACGGGGGUCAGAAUCUCGGUAGCAUUUGCCCUACAGGCCCAGGUUGAAGCUUGUGCUUUAAGUCACUGGCUAACCUUGCUUUGCCUCCUUGCAAAAGCUACGUCUCUAAUCAGUCAAGAACAAGGUACAGUGAUUGUUCGUUACGGGUGGCGGCGCCUGUCCGUUCCACUUACCUGUUUUUAUUUUGUGUUCUCUGGGAGGAGGCGUUGCAUAACAUAAGAUGAUUCUUCCACCUUAUAUAAGUUAAAUUUUAACGUUUUGUUGAAGCAGCUCCACGUGUGUCCUCAGCGUUGCAAGUGAUAAAAUAGCCCCAUGCAGCCAAAUGACUGCAGGAUGUAACUGGAUUGGGAUUAGUGCAUGCAGCCCCAGGACAUCACCCUAGUACCCUUAAGAUUCCCCGACAGUGAGCCUUCUCACUGCUGAGAUCUGAAAGAUUCCCAUAACUCACCUUCACAGGAAGCUAAUGUCAAGGUGGUGCAGAUUUUUGUUACCACACUGGGGGGGGGGAAUAGAUUGGGAUGAUGUUGGUGCCACAUUUUGGCUCUUCCUGUUACGCCAGGUUCUGCAUCUAGGGGCACGCAAGAUGAAGGGCCCAUAGGUCAGUGGCAGAGCAACCCUCCUUUCCAUUUAAAAUGAUCUUAGACACAGAACCUGAGAUACUGAAGAAACGCUAUCUGGGCAGCAGACAAUUCUGGCUUGUAAAGAUCCAGCAUAAAGUGAGUUGCACAGAAGUCUUCACCAGAAAAACAGUUUGGAGAGGCAAUGUAGAUCAUUGCUAGAGCACUCACUUUGCAGGUGGAAAUCCCCAAAACUCAACCCCUGCCCCUCCAGACAUAAAAGGUUUGGGGUAGCAGGCAACAGGGAAAAGACCUGGGCUGGGGCGGGGCGGGGGAAGGUACCAACAGUUAUACAGUACAGUGUAACCUUGGUUCUCUCUUUUUUUUAUAAGAUAUUUAUUAAAAUUUCAAAAAUUAAAAAAAAAGAAAUUACAAUAGUAUUAAUAAGAAAAAGAUAAAAAAAAGAAAAAAGGAAUAAAAAAGAAAAAAGAGAAUACAAAAUACAAAAAAAGUAAAAGACAAUUAAAAACAAAUCAAUCUUUCCAUAUCUUGUCUUUCAUUCACUUGUUUCCCUAACCUCCUCACCCCUCCCCUUUUUUGUAUUCCAGUUCAAUAAGUUAACUCAGCAAAUCCUUUCCCUCUUUGUUUUUAUCUUAGACCUUUGUCUUAAUAUGUAGUAACUGUAUAUUCUCAUCUGUUAACAGUCCAUUUCUACAUACUCCUUGUAACAUUGCUGCUAAAAACCCCUUAACUUCAUUCCAACAUCAUUCUAACAUUCAUUAAUUUUACAGUAUUUCUGUAGAUAGUCUUUAAAUUUCUUCCAAUCUUCUUCCACCGACUCUUCUCCCUGGUCUCGGAUUCUGCCAGUCAUUUCUGGGUUCUCAAACUUGAUCCAUUCUGGUAGUCUGUUUGACUCCCGAAAGCGUUCCGAGAACCAAGGCGCGGCUUCCGAUUAGCCUGCAGGAGCUUCCUGCAGUCGAUCGGAAGCCGCGUCGGAUGUUUGGCUUCAAAAAAAGUUUGCAAACUGGAACACUUCUGGGUUUGCAGCAUUCAGGAGCCGAUUUCUUUGGAAGCCAAGCCAUUUGAGAACCAAGGUACCACUGUACUAGGCUAGAUGGGCAAAUAGCCUGAGCUGCUACAAGGCAGCAUCUUGCUGUCUGCAAAAAUUGGAGGCAUAUCACUCCUGGGCCCAAGGGGGAAGAUACAUUGGCCUUUCAGGUAAGAAAAGAAGUUUAGUCUUACAAAGAGAGGUGCCAGAUACAUUUGGAGCCAGCUUGGCUGCAGGAGUUGCCAGAAGGAGACGUAUAAGGCCUCGGGGACUCCACUCUGUCCAGCAGUCUGCUUAAGAUGAGAGUCACACAGAGUGUAAGAAUGGCCACCCUCCGUGUUGUUCUCCACCUAUCCACCCAAAAAUGUUUCUUUGCAGAAGGCAUUGCUGUGGACAUACACACAAAGGGGCCGCCUUGCACCAACAGGCCUAGAGCAGCAGACGCAGCAGCUACGCAGCCUCUGCCCUUUCCCAGUAGGGCUUGCAGAGGAAUUUGCUCCAGUGCAGCACCAGCAGGAGUCCCAACCUGCUUCCAGAGUCUCUUCCUUAACGCUGCCUUGCAGAUCUGACCCCGUGGUCGUCCCCAACUUCUUCCUUCCACCGCAGGAUCUAGAAGCCUCCAUGCGACUGCUCAGCAUCACUCCUCCUACUCCAAUGGCUGCUGCUGUUAAAGUAAGUAGAAUGGCCUCUUGUGCUUUCUCCCCAGCCUUUCCUUCAAGCAGGAGCCUAGACAGAGGGCUGAGUGAUUUGUUUGUUUUCCCCUUGAAUUUUAUGGGAUGGCCACCAAGACCAUAUAACAUUGGUCCUGAAAGACCUACAUUGGCUCCCAGUACGUUUCCAAGCACACUAACUUGGUGCUAACUUUUAAAGCCCUAAAUGGCCUCAGCCCAGUAGACCUGAAGGAGCGACUCCACCCCCAUCAUUCAUCCCCGGACACUGAGGUCCAGCUCCGAGGGCCUUCUGGCGGUUCCCUCCCUGCGAGAAGUGAGGUUACAGGGAACCAGGCAGAGGGCCUUCUCGGUGGUGGCACCCGCCCUGUGGAACGCCCUCCCAUCAGACGUUAAGGAAAUAAACAACUAUCUGACUUUUAGAAGACAUCUGAAGGCAGCCCUGUUUAGGGAAGUUUUUAAUGUUUAAUUCUGUAUUGUGUUUUUAAUAUUUGGUUGGGAGCCACCCAGAAUGGCUGGGGAAACCCAGCUAGAUGGGCGGGGUAUAAAUAAUAAAUUAUUAUUAUAAUAUUAUUAUUAAUAUUGUUCACCCAGGUAUGUGGUGGCUUUACAGGGGAGGUGGGUAGAGGAACCAUGGCCCCGCCC